UUCCCUUUCACAUACAGUUUGACAAAAGCGUCGACAUGUUGCUUGGCAAAACUAUUAUCGUCACGGGGGCAAACUGUGGCAUUGGCAAAGCCACGGCCACGGAACUGCUGCGGCGUCAGGGCCGGGUGAUCAUGGCAUGUAGAGACCGAGAUCGGGCAGAGAAAGCAGCGCAGGAGAUCCAGCAGGAGGCCGGGCCCGACUGCGGGGAGCUCGUGAUCAAACUCUUGGACCUGGCAUCGCUUAAAUCUGUUCGUAGCUUUUGCGAAGAGAUUCUCAAGGAAGAGCACAGACUUGAUGUGCUGAUCAACAAUGCUGGAAUCUACCAGUGCCCUUACACCAAAACAGAAGAUGGUUAUGAGAUGCAGUUUGCUGUCAAUCAUCUGGGCCACUUCUUGCUCACUAACCUCCUGUUGGACCUCCUCAAACGCUCUGCCCCAAGCCGCAUCAUAGUGGUGUCCUCAAAGCUCUACAAAUAUAGCGAUAUUAACUUUGAUGACCUGAACAGUGAGCAGAGCUACGACAAAGCCUUCGCUUAUUCGCGGAGUAAGCUAGCCAAUCUCCUCUUUACGCUAGAGCUCUCCCACAAACUAGAAGAGACAGGAGUGACUGUAAAUGCUCUGACCCCUGGGAUUGUGAGAACUAAUCUCGGCAGGCAUGUCUACAUCCCUCUGCUGGUGAAGCCUCUGUUUAAUCUGCUUUCCUGGGCUUUCUUCAAGUCCCCAGAGCAGGGAGCGGAGACUUCUAUCUACCUGGCCUGCUCACCAGAUGUGGAGGGUGUUCAAGGGAAGUGCUUUGCUAACUGCCAGGAGGAGCAACUGUUGGAGAAGGCCACAGAUGAGGAGGUGGCCAAGAAACUCUGGGACAUUAGUGAAGUGAUGGUGGGUCUCACAGGCUGAAAGAAUUUAAGCAUUAGUCUAACGGCAGUCACUUACUAAUGCACGCUGCUCCUCUCCAUCUUAAAGAACUACAACUAUUUCGCAGUGUUGAUAGUGCUUUCAAAAUACAAAGUAAUAAAAUCACCUUUUUUUACAUUUGCCAUCAAGUGUUUUGGGAAGAAUGGUCCAUUCAACACAAGCAAAAUGUACUUAACCUAACAACCACAAGAGAGAGCUUGUUUUGCCAUAAUUAUACACUUUAAAUAAUAAUCCUACAGUGUUAUUUGCAUUUGUUCCUUAAGAUGCCUUAAAGCACUGUAGCAAACUUACAGUAUACAUUUCAAAUAUAUAAGAGUUUUGCUUUGCUUUUUAUCUUGAGAGUAAUAACUAAAUUUAGAGUUACUUUACACUCAAAAAGGUUAUAACCCAAAUUUGUUGUUGUGUGCACAAUUAACACCAUUCUUUUUUCCCAUGACAAAAUAUAAAAUAAAAUACUUAACCUUUGUGUCUUUUUCGA